AUGGAAAAAUCUCACGGGAUAUCCCUGAUAAUGGGGGUGCCGGAGGGUAAAUGCUGCAAUCUCCGAUGGUUUAAAAAUGAAAAAAAGAAAAGAAACGGGCACACGCUUCGCCGCCCCCAACGGCAAAGGAACUUCCCAACGACACGCGUGACGGGGUGGCGGGCUUUCUCACGGGCGCGGCCCAUGGGAACAAGAGUGUCAGAGGGGAAUUGUUUUCUGUUAGGGGUGAUGUGGAUUUUGGUGUGGAAAUUUGCAGAGGGAAACAAUUGUUGCAAUUUAUUUGUUUCAUGUAUAAACUCUGAAAGGGCAAGCGGAUAUGAUCGCAUUUAG